AUGAAACGUAAAGAUAAUGAAGAUGAUGAUGAUGAUGAAGAGGAUGAUGAAGAAGAUUUUAAGCCGUUGAGUAGAGUACCGCGAGGUGAGUGGAAUUGUCCUGAUUGUCUUGAAAAGAUUGCCAGAAUCUCUAAAUCCCUGAAACGACAGAGAACAGGCAACAGCGAUGACACAUCAAGUAGCAACAACAAUGGUGUCGGUAGCAGCAGCAGUAGUAGCAGUAGUAGCAGUAGCAACAUCAAUAGCAGUGGUUCCGAACGAAGAGAAAGAGACAGAGAUAGAGACAGUACAAAGAAUAGAAAAAGUGGACAGAACGAAAGAAGACACCGCCGACUUCAUAAGAAAUCGAGGAAUAGCAGUGGCGCUAAUCAUAUAGAUGAAGACAGUGACGACGGUGAAAUCGAACAGGAUGAAUCUGACUUUGAGGAGGACCGCGACUCUGAUGACGAUUCCGGCGACAGUGACGACUCAAUGCAUAGUGAUGACGAUCAUCUCAAUAAUCUGACUUGCAGUAACUGUAACCAGGGAAAAGACGAAGACAAGAUCCUGUUGUGUGACUCUGAUGGUUGCGAUCGUGGUUAUCAUAUGUAUUGUCUUAGAUUCCAGCUGACAUCAGUUCCCAAAGGCAAAUGGAUUUGCGAUCACUGCAGAUUCGGCGAUCUCACAGAUAUCGAUCUUAACAACGAGGAGGAAGACGAUGAGGAUUUAGAUGCAUUGAUCAAGCGAAAGAAAAUGAGCAGUUCAUCAACAUCCUCACCAAAUUUAUUAUCUUCAUCGACAUCAUCGACAUCCAGAGACAAUUUAAGUGGCAAUGAACAUACAAAUGCUGUUGGAUCGUUGUCAAAAUCAACAGCAACAACAACAUCGUCACCGUCACUAACUAAUACCAAAUCACCUAAAUCACCAAAGUCACCGAAAUCAUCACCACCCAUAAGCUCUACAAAACCAACAAAUCAUUCGAAUGUUGUUCCACCAACGAUGAACACUACCUACAACGAUGACAAGCUAACUAAACAACAGGAAUCAUCGAAAUCGACAGCAGCUCCAGCAAACAAAACAUCAUCACCACCUCAACAACAUCAACAUUCAAAUAGCAUACCAUCGAAACCAUCAUCGAUGGUACUAAAGAAACCAUCGAUUUCGAAACCAACACAAGUAGUUGCAUCUAAACCACCUGCUCCUUCAAUACCCACUAACAAUCCAAAUACCAACAGUGUAAAUCAACUACCAACAACAUCGCCCGCCAACAACAACAACAUUUCCACUUCACAGACCAAUAUAAGUAGUAAUAAUGGUAAUGCGACAGUACCUCUUCCGACAGUUGCCAAUCUAAAGAAGCCAAGCAUCAUCAAUGACAAAAAGAUUCUAAAAAGCCCAGCAAUGAACAAUGGUAUUGGAUCGCAACUACUGAGAUCAGGUUCCAAAGAUGAAGUCGACGCUUCCUUCUCGAUCCUAGAUAUGGUACCAAACAGUAAAGCAUCGGCUACCAUCAAUCCACUUAAUAUAUCUUGGGAUUUGGGUGGUGGAUACUCUGCUUCAAGUAAACCAACAACGCCAACAUCACAAAGCAAACCAACAGUUACAUCAUCACCUAUUAAGCAAUCACUACAAUCAUCUGCCUCACAAUCACCAUCACUACCUCCCAACAACCAUAUCAAGAAGGAACAGAACAACAACCAUCUAGAAGACACUCACAAUAGUCAGACCAAUGGAAGCAGUGAGUUGGUCAAUGAUUUGCUGGCAAAGAGCAGAUUGUUGUUCGAAGAGAUGUUUAUAUCGAUGGUUAAUAUUAUAAAGUUGAAUUCUAUUGAGUUCAACUUUAAGUUUGCCAAUAGUCUUUCUUUCCAAAAGAGCCAGUUGGGUGUUUUGCCAGUGGAGAUUAAACAGUCGAUUCUUGCACCGAUCCUCAACAUUCAUAUGAUUCCACAUCCAUUGCUUCUAAUUCAACCGACAGUCGAGCAAGAUAUGAUCAAUGGAAAUGGUGUUGCCACUGGACAAAAACAAGCUUCGUCAUCCUACUACAGUUUCCUUCUCAAGAUGAAGCGAAAUGAAUAUGUUGGAUCACUUCAGGUAUCCGAUAGAAAGAAUUUGUAUAUAUUUUCACGUCAAAUAACAAGCCAUGAAAGCAAACUCUACGGAUGGAGUUGCGACAGCACCAUGUUGUUUGGAAUUGUUUUUGGUUCAACUACUCUGUCAUCACCACCAACACCCCAAUCACUCAAAUCAUCAACACAACCACCACCUUUAAAGUCAUCAAACACACACGUACAACAACAAUCAUCAACAUCACCAACAUCACCUCCAUCAGCUAAUCAACAAUCAACACUCAAAGGAAAGAAUAUAUGUUUCUUGGGAUAUGGAGAUGAGUAUCCAUCGCUUCAACUAGUCAAGUCUUUACUUGAAGGGGGUGCUCAAGCUUCAAACACUCUGGAGACCGACUCUAAUCUACUGGUUAUCGAACCGAGUGCUGUCAAACAAAUAUUCCUACAACUACCACAACUCGCCAAAUAUAAAUCCAAUGAACAAGUACAGUUUAUUAAGGGUACCGAAUAUCUGGUGGAGAUGGUUUCGAGGCUGAACAAGCUACAACCCAACAAUAUUACUAGCAACAACAAUUCGAUACUGUUCCCUCAAAACGGAAUAGUUAUAGUUGACUAUAAUAUGUUAAUCGAAAACGAAUUACUUUUCAAACGUUUGAUACCAUUGCUGUCGAAUCUGAGGAAGGUUGGGAAACAAUGGUCUAUUCAAAUAUUUAAAGGUGCCUAUGAUGAAUUAAAAUCUAUAUCACAACAAUCAAAUAUACAACAAAGAAUAGAAGAAAUACAAUCACAUUUAAAUAAUAAGAUGCUAAAUAUAUCUCAAGAUACACCAAAGAGUCCAAUGGAAACACUUUCGAAAACAAUUUCAGUAGCGAUGCAAUUCAUCCAUAGACACACCAUUUUGCUGACUUCGAAUCGAUUGUUAGGCGAUAUGUCAAAGAAGUUCCCAAUAGUGAAUUGCUUUGAUCUCGCCGAGUGUAUAAGAUAUAUAGAAUCUGUACAGUUACAAAAAUAG